GCCCCCGACUCGGCCGUCCGGCCCCGCCCCCUCCCGGAGCCCCGGGGCGCUGGCCGCGGUGCUGAAACGACGCUCUCCGCAGAGGGAGGAAGGCAGGGCCCCGCCCGGCGAAGGGAGCGGGACUCCCUGGAGCUCUGAACUGGAAAAACGGGAGGGGACAGGGUGGCGCCAGCAAGACCUUGAGAGGAGGCAGGAGACCAGAGAUAGGCGUGUUAGAGCCGAGACAGGCACCUGGCAAACCUCACCUGAGGACGCCAAGGCCAUCCUUGUCCUGUUAAGCCUCUUCCCCGCCUGCGCUGGAAGGAUUCUCACCUUGUGCCCCGACCUCAGCCUCCUUUCCAAGCCCCGCUGAGGAGUGACUCACUUCUGGGCCUCCAUCCACAUAGACUCCGCCUGGCAGCUCACAAGCCCCUGGUCCAAGGCCUGCUGCCUUCACCAUGGUGAAGUUGCUGCCCGCCCAGGAGGCAGCCAAGAUCUACCACACCAACUAUGUGCGGAACUCGCGGGCAGUGGGUGUGAUGUGGGGCACGCUCACCAUCUGCUUUUCCGUGCUGGUCAUGGCCCUCUUCAUCCAGCCCUACUGGAUCGGUGACAGCGUCAAUACGCCCCAGGCGGGCUACUUCGGCCUUUUCUCCUACUGCGUGGGCAACGUGCUCUCUUCCGAGCUCAUCUGCAAGGGCGGCCCUCUGGACUUCUCCUCCAUCCCUUCCAGAGCCUUCAAGACAGCCAUGUUCUUCGUGGCCUUGGCCAUGUUCCUCAUCAUUGGCUCCAUCAUCUGUUUCAGUCUAUUCUUCAUCUGCAACUCGGCCACUGUCUACAAGAUCUGUGCGUGGAUGCAGCUGGCUGCAGCCACAGGUUUAAUGAUAGGCUGCCUGGUCUACCCAGACGGCUGGGACUCAAGUGAGGUGCGACGCAUGUGUGGGGAGCAGACAGGCAAGUACACUCUGGGCCACUGUACCAUCCGCUGGGCCUUCAUGCUGGCCAUCCUCAGCAUUGGCGAUGCCCUCAUCCUCUCCUUCUUGGCUUUUGUUUUGGGCUACCGGCAGGACAAGCUCCUCCCUGAUGACUACAAGGCAGAUGGAAAAGGUCAUUUAUUUCCCAGACAAUGGAAAAUUAGGGCAUCUAAUUCUUCAGAUAUAACUCUUUCCUCUAGCUUCCUUGUCCCUGGCCCAAGUCGUGCAUCGUGGUUGGAAGCUGACCAUCUCUUAAGACAAGACUCCUGCAGCACAGAGACCUCUUCCAGUACCUACACUGACCCAACCAGAACCAGAUACCAGCUUCAGAAAUUUGUUACCUGUAUCCAAGUCAUUUGUUACAGGAAUAGAAGGCACUUCAUGUCAAAAACUUUUGAGCGAUACUGAAAUAGGAUCUGGUCUUUGUCCAUUUUGAGUGACUCAGUAAAGAAACUACCUGGGUAUGCUAUUCUCACAGGGGGAGAGGGGAUAAAUGCUGAAUAAAACUAAGAAUCUUGUUGCUUGAUCAAAUGACAUGGAAAUUUUGUUAUUCUCGGCCAUCAGUUGUUUCUUGUACAGUACUACUUGCUCACUCUGCUGUCUGCACUGGUUCAGCUGAGAAAGAAUAUCCUAGUGUGAAUCCAGUUAAACAGCUGGUGAUAAAACUACUAUAACAGAGUUUACCUCAUCACUUGGUCUUUUUAUAAUAAUCACAUUCAUAUUUUUUGGUGAUAAAAUUAUUUAAAUCACAGGCACUCCUUUUGAUUAAAACCCAUUUAACAAAUCCUGUAGCUUAGGGACUUUUUCUCAUAAGAGGUACAAGAGAAGUUUCUAAAAGUUCUCCAUUGUCAAAUUAUUUUUCUUCUCAUGUGGUGGUCCACAGAAGCUCCUGGGAGGCUUACAGUGCAGCUGCCUACAGGCCAUCCUCUGCUCUUGCCAACACUGAAUUUCACCAAAACAGAAUCAUGUUUGGCUUAUGGCCAAUGUUGGGAAAGGACCUGCAAAUCUGUUUAUCAUCAUACGACACAUGUAUCACCUUUUAUCUUCCAAGGGAACUAAAAAUUCUAUUUUACUAAUAACAUUAAUGAUUUUCAGUUCUCUAAGUGAGUUUAUCUUUAAAUAAAUUCUUAAAGGUAACUCAAACCUUAUUUAUCUAUAUAUUAGAAUAAAAAUCAGUGAAAUCUGUA